AUGGAAGAUUCCCAGCUACCGUUGGUCCGGUCGGCAAGUGGUGCAUGCGACGCAUGGUCAAGGUUGGAAGACCACUUCGAGAAGAAGAGUCUUGCCAACAAGCUGUUCUUGCGCCGUCGCUUCUUCACGACAAUGAUGGAAGAAGGCGACGAUGUGCUCGAACACAUCAACAAGCUCAAGACGCUGGCGGAACAGCUAGAAGCGGUGGGGGCUCCAGUCUGCGAGGACGAUCUGGUGAUCACACUUCUCGGCAGCCUGAGUGACUCGUAUCAAUUCUUGAUCACAGCUUUGGAGUCGCGCUCAGACACUCUUAGCUGGGAGCUCGUGAUGUCUCGACUGCUUCAUGAAGAAAUGAAGCGGAAGGAGCAAGGAAGUAAAGGUGAUGAAGCUUCGCAAGGUCAAGCGUUCAUCACAAGGGACAAUCAGCGCAAAGGGCGACCAGUGAAGAAGUCCUGGCCGUGCCACAAUUGCGGAAAGAUUGGUCACUGGAUGGCGGAGUGCCCCUCGCGCAUCCAAGAAAACACGGAGAGACACCGGCCACAGCGUGCUCAAGACAGCGGCGACCGCUAUCGAUCACAACGUGCAAACGUCGCUCAAGAAGAAGACUCGGGCGACUACCUCUUUUCGAUCGGUGAAACGACAUCUGCGAAAUCGAGCGACAUCUGGCUGGUCGACUCCGGGGCGACGCAGCACAUGACGUGCUCCAAGAAGUUCAUGCGGAACUACAAGGGGUUUGACGCUGUGGAUGUCCAUCUCGCGGAUGAUGGAAUCGUCCAAGCAAUCGGCAGUGGGGACAUUGUCAUGUCGAUGAAGACACCCCAAGGGAUGAAGAAAGGUGUGCUCACAAACGUGUGGCACAUCCCAAAGUUAUCCAGAAACCUGUUCUCGGUCGGCCGCUUCACCAAGGAUGUCGGCCCAGUGACGUUCACGAAGGAUGGGUGCUAUGGAGAAGCGAAAGGGACCAAGUGGAAAAUUGGUGCCCGUGAAGGUAAAGGACUGUUCAAGCUGCAAAUGACUCCAGUGGCGCCGGAACAAGCAAAUGCAGCCAAGUCGUCGGGAUGUCAAGGGGGCACCAAGUCGUACCUCUGGCACCUUCGGCUUGGCUCACAUAGGUCACGAUGGACUCAAUUGCAUCGUGACGAAGGACAUUGGAAUUGGCAUCGACAUAUCUUCGGUGAAGAAGUGGGACGUGUGUGA